AGUCCCUCUUUUCCACUUUGCAGGUGUACGAGAGGCUAGAGAAGCUGCAGGCAGUAGUGGCGGGGGUGCCCAGGCAUUCGGAGGCCGCCAGCUGCAUCCCCCCUUCCCCGCAGGAGAACUCCUAUGUGUCCAGCACUGGUGGUGCCCACAGUGGGGCUGCCCCAUGGCAGCCCCUGGCAGCACCGUCAGGAGCCAGUGUGCAGGCGGUGGAGCAGCUCCAGAGAGGCCUCAACCAGCCUGUGGAGAGUGAUGAGAGCUUGGGCGGCCUCUCUGCUGCCCUGCGCUCGUGGCACUUGACUCCGAGCUGCCCUCUGGGCCCAGCACCCCUCGGGGAGGCCAGCUGUCCUCAGGGGGACACCGCGGGAGAAUCGAGCUGGGGGAGUGGCCCAGGGUUCCGGCCUACAGCUGUGGAAGGACUGGCCCUGGGCAGCUCUGCAUCGUCAUCAUCAGAGCCACCGCAGAUUAUCAUCAACCCUGCCCGACAGAAGAUGGUCCAGAAGCUGGCCCUGUACGAGGAUGGAGCCCUGGACAGCCUGCAGCUGCUGUCGUCCAGCUCCCUCCCAGGCUUGGGCCUGGAACAGGACAGGCAGGGGCCCGAAGAAAGUGAUGAAUUUCAGAGCUGAUUUGUUCACCUGGGCAGAUCCCCCAAAUCCGGAAGUCAAAGUUCUCAUGGUCAGAAGUUCUCAUGGUGCAUGAGUCCCCGGCAUUCUGCAGGCAGUAGGGGCGGGGGCCUAUACCCGCGGGGGAGAGAAGGCAGUGGCCCUGCUGUUCUAGGCUCUGUGGGCACAGGCAAGCAGAGUGGAACCCUGCCUCCAUGCCAGCAUCUGGGGACAAGGAAGGCUGGCAUCCAGUGAGGAGGCUGGCGCAUGUUGGGAGGCUGCUGGCUGCACAGACCCGCGAGGGGAGGAGAGGGGCUGCUGCGUAGGGGUGUGGAGCAGGGAGCUGGCUCCCCUGAGAGCUAGGCAGGGCGUGUGCAGCCCAGGCCUCUGGCAGCAGCCCUUUGCCCACCUCUUUGAACAGUGGCCACUGCACAAUGGAGCCGAUGAGGCCUAGGGCCCUCCUAGGUGCUUACAAUUUGGAAAAGUGUGGCCGGGCGCGGUGGCUCACGCCUGUAAUCCCAGCACUUUGGGAGGCCAAGGCAGGAGGAUCACUUGAGCCCAGUAGGUCAAGACCAGCCAGGGCAACAUGAUGAGACCCUGUCUCUACAAAAAAUUGUUUUAAACAAUUAGCCUGGCAUGGUAGUGCACGCCUGUGGUCCCAGCUACUGGGGAGGCUGAAGUGGGAGGAUCAUUUAUGCUUGGGAGAUUGAGGCUGCAGUGAGUCAUGAUUGUAUCAACUGUACUCCAGCCUGGGCAACAGAGCAAGACCCUGUUUCGAAAAGAAAAACCCUGGGAAAAGUGAAGUAUGGCUGUAAGUCCCGCAAUUCAGUCCUAGC